CAAACAAAGAAUUCCACUGAGACUUAGAAGAAUGGGAGUGAGAAUAGCCUUUAUGGUAGUUUUGUGUGUUUUUCCGGCGAUGGUCUCAGCCAUACGCCCUCACUUAACCCCUUUCUAUGUGAAGGGUCGCGUGUUUUGUGACCCUUGCCGUGCCGGUUUUGAGACUCCUCUAACCACCUACAUUGCUGGUGCCGAGGUUACUCUGCAAUGCAAGGACAGAAUCACGAACAACAAUGUGUACAGCAAGCAGGUUAAGACUGAUUCAACAGGAUCAUUUACGAUCUUCGUGGACGCGAAUCAAGCAAAUCAAAAUUGUGAUGCGAGUCUAGUAACAAGUCCUCUACGUGAUUGCAAAGAGCCCACUCCAGGCCGUGACCAUACACGUGUUAAUCUCAAUCGCUUCAAUGGCAUUGCCACCAAUGAUAGAUUUGUCAACAACUUGGGUUUCAUGAAGGAAAUUGUUGCAUCUAGUUGUGCAAAGAUUUUCAAGAGUUACCAAGAGUUAGGUAAUGGGAAUUAAUUUCACUGAAUUCUUUAUGUUAACUUUUUAUUGUGAUUGUACGCUAGUGGACCUUAUUGGAAUUUGAAUAAUUGUAGGAAGUUCCUUAUUGGAUAUAGAGUUUGUAGUUUCUAGUCA